CAUGAUCUGAGUGAGAGGUGUGUGUGCCUUGUCGUGCCUGUGAGUAAGUUGUGUGGAUCAAAGUGCCCGUGUGCCUGGCCAGACAUGGAAUCCGUUGUGCAAGAGCUUAAGAAAGACUUGGAAGAGGUGAAGCAGCUGCUUGAGAAAACCACAAGGAAACGUGUGCGGGAUGUGUUGUUUGUGGAACAGCGUAAGCUGGAGACUGAAAUAUCUACCAAACAGCAGCAACAAGCAGGGGCAUCUAUGGAAACCCAGAAACCAUCAGCCAUUGUUCCUCCAAUGACUAGCACGUAUACAGUCAAAAUAAACAACUAUGGGUGGGAUCAAUCUGAUAAGUUUGUUAAAAUCUAUAUUACUCUAAAGGGAGUGCAGAACGUUCCUGCUGAUAAUGUGCAUGUCAAUUUCACAGAGAGGUCAUUUGAAUUGUUAGUGAAAGAUCUCAAUGGGAAAAAUCACACCAUGAUUGUGAACAAUUUGCUAAAGCCCAUUUCUCCAGAGGGUAGCACAAAAAAAGUGAAGACAGACACAGUGCUGAUAAUGUGUAGAAAGAAAUCUGAACAUAAAUGGGAAUUUCUAACACAAGUUGAAAAACAAACAAAGGAAAAAGACAAACCAGCACUAGACACAGAUGGAGACCCAAGUGCAGGGUUAAUGAAUGUUCUAAAGAAGAUGUAUGAUGAAGGAGAUGAUGAAAUGAAGAGAACACUUAACAAAGCUUGGUCGGAAUCACGGGAAAAACAAAUGAAAGGCGAUCUGGAAUUCUGAACAUAAGCUUAUUAUGCUUACGCCUUAAAGUGAUACCGACACGUUCCUAUAAAAAUCAUAGGAACGUGUCCUUAUCAAGUAGUUGAUGCACCCGGAAUAUUUCCCCUGAAAGCCGCCCCACAGACCUGCUUUGACCUGACCCUCCUACACUGCUAAAAGAUCUUCUGUGUGUUUUUUUUUUUUUUAAGCUGGGCUGAGGGCGGCGCAAUCCUUCCAUAGUCGAAUUACAAAUGAAAAUAGGACUUCAGCCUAUGGAAGGUUCGCCCCAGUCCAGCAUCAUGGAAGCAAGGCCGAACAUCAGUUAGCUGCAUCAGCGAGUCGGCUGCACAAAGGUUAGCGGGGCUGGGGGCACUAGGGUAUUGCUGUAAAGAAAAAAGGAAGCUGCACAUUUUGACAAUGUAAUUAAACUAUAGUGGAUUUGUAUCCUCAGAUCUUAUAGAUGUUUGAUACAAAACAAAUAAAAAGUACAUUUUAAGUAAA